AGUCUACUUAUUUCGAUGCUGGAUGUUAUCAGUAUAAUUCAAAUACGAAUUCUAGGAAUGUCCAUAUGAAAUUGAGAAUAUUUUAUCCUACCAAUGCUCUGCGAUACUCUUAUCUACGUUUUAAUAACAGUAUUAAAACAGGCAAAACGUUUAUUGUGUCUGGUUUUAUUAGGCAUAUAACUCCUGAUUUUACUAUAAUUGAACUCACAGAUUUCGACUUUAUCUCUACCAAUGCCAAUACAAUCCAGAAUGUGCAAGUAAGCGCUUCUUCGGUUGCUUCGGAUAAUCGCUCGGACAUUGAUCUAAUUGCUGAAGAUGUUGAAUCUGCUACUUCAAAACCGCCAAAAAGGUCUCGUAUAAUUACAUCGAGAUCUUCUAAGCAGAGUACUAGCUCGUCUUCUGUUACCAAUAAAUCUGCUACACCUUUUCUGACUUCGGUAACACCCGCUGGUAUUAAUCUUAAAACGGUUCAAAUCCAAAAAGGCAAAAAUAAAUUGUCUGAUUUGGCCUUGAAUUGUCUUGAAACGACUGUUGAAGAUAACAUUCGAGAUGAGAGAGUCUACCCUGAAAAUGUUUCAGAAGAUGAUGAUUUAGAAUACUUACGUGAACAGGAUGUUGAAGAAGAACCAAAAAAAAAAAGAG